UAUGAUUAUAUAUUUACCAUAAUUAUUAUUAUAUUUAAUUAAAAUCAAUAUUAAUUUUCAAAAUCAAAUCCGUUCAAAUCCGUUUAGAUUUUACCGUAUGAAUGCUGUCGAACGAUACAUCUCGCAGAUGUUUGAAAUAUAGAUCAGCAAUACAAUGUAUCGCAACUUAAUAUUCUGAAAUUUGCUCAUGUAUCGUUCAUGUAAACAACAUUUCUUUUAUUUCAGCCUAACUUAACCUAGAGAGAAUUUAAUCUUAGGUUAAUAAUUCUCCAUUCUCUGCUCUUUUUCGUUCGCGGGUGCGCGUUAACAUUAAGAAUAUAGAUUCAUGUUACAGUAUGGAGAAAAGAAUUAUCGCAGAAACUGUACCAAGAGGCGCGAAUGGCGUAAUGACGGAAGCUCGCGACUCAAGACGUGCCUCGAGUAUCCGAUUGGAACAACACACGAAGAUAUACGCCUCCAUGUGCCCCGAUGAAAUCCUCGAUCAUUAUAACGAUUACGACACGAGAACAUACUAUACCACAUUGAUGCUCGGUGACAUUUCAGGCUUCACGGAUCUCACGGAAAAGUACACGAAGACCGGCAGAGGCGGUCCGUCCAAACUGACGGAAACUCUGAACAGCUACAUCGGCGCUAUGGUGCAAGAGAUACUCUCACACAACGGUGACGUACUGAAAUUUUCUGGCGACGCGUUCAUAGUUAUGUGGAAGCUCCAAGAAGGUAUGGUGAUGCGCGACAUCGCGAUCGAGGCGAUACAGACCGCGUGUGUCAUACAAAGGCAUUUCGGGACUUACGACACUGACGUCGGCGUAACUCUGCGAGUGAAACUGGCGAUCGCCUCCGGAAAGACGCACUUUACGUCCAUCGGUGAUCCAAAAAUGAUGUCCUACUACCUCAUUACCGGGAAGCCUGUGUGGGAUGUAAAAUUUGCCGAGGGAUUAUGUCGAGGUGGCGACAUCAUCGUGGCAUCCAGCAGCUGGCAAUGGGCGAAUCCCAACGAAUACGUUCAUGAAAAAUUGCCGGACGGCGAGCAUACGUUAAUCAUUGCUUGCUCGACGAUGCUUUGGUACCAACCUAGAGCUAAGGAUAUGGACAUCAAUGCUGGAAAUAAAAACGACGCCAAACAGUUGCGCGAUGACAGAAGCACCAGCCACUUGACAUCGUCCGAUGAUGACGUGCCGAGCACAGAAGCUGAAGCAGCGUUAAUGAACCUGACCGGUGAUACCUUGAAAAUUCGCAUGUUUGAGCAAGUCGAUUACAGCCUGAGACCGAAGAUCGUAAAGGUGGCUAAAAUGCGAGUGAAGGAUUCGCUUAAGAGCUAUAUGCUUAGGCCAGUAAUACGAUCCGUGGAGAUGGACGAGCCGCUAGAGCACCUCACGGAGAUGAGACAAGUGGUCAUCCUCUUCAUCAACGUCAUUACGGCGAAUAUCGAAAUGAAGAAGUUGAUCUCACUCGUCAAUUCGUCUUACAAAUUAGUGUGCGAGAGAAUCGGCAAGAUGCGGGGAUGUGUGAACAAGACGUCGCUCUUCGAUAAGGAUCUGAUAUUCCUCUGCGUAUUCGGCCUGCGUGGCGACAAGCAGGAGUUGGAGUCGCAGAUCGGCUUAAGAUGCGCCAGCAGGGUACGAGAGGACCUCUUGGCGAUGGAGUAUGUGAAAUCCGUGACAAUCGCCGUCACCACCGGGAUAACAUAUUGCGGCGUGGUCGGGCAUAUCUUGCGAAGGGAAUACACUGUGAUCGGAAUUUCGGUGAACAAGGCGGCACGUCUGAUGUGCGCGUACAACAACAUGGUGAUAUGUGAUCGUGAAAGUUUCUUGCAUUCUUACCUCGAAGCGAGACAUUUUAUACUACAAGAGCCGCGAUACCUGAAAGGAAUCACAAACGUCGGCCCCGUCUACGAGUUUCGGGAGCAAGCAAAACACAAUAUACCUGAACUAGUAUGGAGCAAGUAUCCUUUGCUCGGACGAGAAAUGGAAAUCCGACUUUUCCGGCAGAUUCUAACGGACUUGAUAGAACACUCGACCGCGGGCAAGACAACGCAGCGUUCGAGGCCCGAAUACAACACGCUGAUUAUAAAAGGCGAGCAUAGAAUCGGCAAGACGAGAUUGCUGGACGAAAUCGCGCAGAAUAUCCCCACGGGUGUACCGUGCAAUUAUAUCACUUUGGUCAUGAAUGACGCUAAGGUUAGGAUUUGCCAAUCAAAUGAUAAGUAAUCGUUCCCUUCCGCGCAGACUUCUUACAGUCUAAUUCAUCUGAUCUUCUCGAUGCCGCUGGGCUUCAAUGUCGCCACUACUCCAAAAGAGCGUGAGAACAAGCUGAUCUCUCGACUGGGUCGUAUACAUCAGCCAGAGUUCCUUUGCACCCUCAAUCAGCCCUUCAACGUUCAUUUCACGAUGAGCGAGCGCUACAAGAUGUUGUCCGAAACGUUGAAGCGCAAGGUGCUGCGUAAAUUUCUGUUGAAGCUAAUGAGAAGCUGCUUUGAGGAGCUAUGGGUAAUAAUCAUUGACGAUGCUGAAUACGGCGACGACGAUUCCAUGCAGUUAUUCCAUACGAUGAUUAGGCAGGACACGGUAUUCUUUGUCCUUGGUAUUGGACGCAAAAUCGACAUGGAGUACGAACUGGCCAUUAUAGAAAGAGCGCAGGUGAUCGAAUUAAAACAUAUAGACAAGUGGUAUCACGCAGCCCUCGCUUGUCAGAUCCUUAAUGUUUGGGGGAUCCCCGUUGAACUCGAAAAAUUGAUACAAGAGAAAAGUCACGGCAAUCCGGGAUGGAUAGAAAGUUUUCUGGUGAGCCUCGUACAAUCCGGCGGCCUCAAGAUUGUGCAUAUCAAAAAGACAGAAGCGGAAAUGAGGGGCUACAUGCUUCCACCUGUCACUAUGCUGAAGAGGUUUGUAGAGGAAGACAUCGUUCUCAUAGACAUCGAGAAUGACAAAGAUAAGCGCGCGGACAAGUGGGAGAUGUACAGGACGAGUUUUCAAAAUAACGCAGUAUUUUCGUCGAGAUCUCACAACGUAAUAUAUAAGACGAGAUCGACGAUCAAUGACAGAGCAACAAUCACCGUUUGCAAGUUUGCGGAGGAUUUCACUCCUGAAGACGAGUCAGUCGAAGUGACAAUGGACGUGAUGAUAUUAAAACUUUUCGACUCGUUAACGCAUUUGGAUCAACUGCUGCUAAAAUGUGCAUCGGUGUUGGGAGAAAACGUUAAUAGAAAUAUGCUGCAGAGCCUGAUGGAGGAAAUAUCUACGAGAGAAAUAGGACUUGCUGUUCGGAAACUUUUCGAAAUUCGAGUUCUCGGAUGCGGAGUAGGCGACUUCACUGCAAGUUCCAGAAUGCUGAUAUUUCACAGAAAUAUAAGAAAUGUCAGCGUCGAGAAAGAGGUCAGAUGCGAAUGUAUGGGUCUCAUGAUACCGGACGAACUCACCGAUUUGCCGCGAUAUGCUUCUUGUGGUCUGAUGCGCUUCAAGAUAUCAAUGUUCCGUGAAACUACUUACAGACUUUUGACGGAGCACCAGAAGAUGGAAUUACACAGCAAGGCACUGAAGUAUCUACGGCAACACAGCCGGAGAUGCUUGACGUGUGGCGAAUUGAAAUUCAUCAAGUUAUUAGGCGAAAUAGCUACACAAGAAGUGAAAAGGAGAAGACCGACUGUCGAUCGACUUUUGAAUGCGCAACAAUUCGGCGGAAUGAACUCUAUCCUCGAAGAGGAAGAAAAGAACGUUUCGUUAAGUUAUUUACAACUGGCAAACGAGGAAAGAGCAACGAGGUGCACGGACAUCUUUCGCAAAGCGAGCAGAAAGCCGAUGAAGACCUUCUCCGACGUCGAUUUCGCCAAUUGUCGAUGCCAUCUCAUAUUAACGACCGUCUACUCGCAGAUGUUGGAACAUUGUUACGGGAUCGGGAAGAAAGAAUUAAUCCUGACAGCAAUUUUGGAGUUUGUGGAAGUUUGUUUGACAAGUUACAACAUACCUCAAGCUCGCAGACUCCUUAACGAUGCUGAGGACUUACUUUCCGAUAUGUUUGAUGUCAGCGAGGAGGAAUUGAUAGUCCUGCCUUAUCUCAGCGCAAAAAUCCAAACGCUGGAGGGUAGAUGUUAUCUGGAGAGUGGUAUAAUUUCGGAGGCGCAGAAGAAGCUGGACAAUGCAAUGAACACUCUGGGUUACCAUUUACCGAGACGCGAGUUCCUGAUCGGCUUGAAAUCAGCGAUUCAACUGAAAUUACUAAAAUGGAAACUGGCCUGCCCAAAACGCUGGAGAAACGACAGUAUCGAUGUGGAUACCGUAAAUUAUAUCGAACAGUUGGCCAGUUGCUUGGCACUGAUGUUCGAAGUUUACAGAACGAAGGGAAUGAGAAAACACGCACGAUUAGCAGCUUUAUGGAGCUUGAACACCGUGCUUGAUACGUCGAAAGAUUUCCUUACGAUCUGCACUUCGUUCACCAAUAUGAUGAUCACCGCGCACGUCUAUCAAACCAAAUCUAUUAUUCCCUACCUGGAGAACGUGGCUCUCAGUUUUUGCGCGGAGAAGGAGGAUUCCCUCGAGUUUCAGGAGCUCAAAGCAAUCGCUGAGCUUUACGCGAGCGUGUUCUUCUCCCGAUGGUUGAGAGGAGAAAUCCAUAAGGCGAUUAAAAUUGGUUUCAUCACGACGAGGAUGGCGCAAACCAUGGGCUCCGUGUUUCUCAAGCUGCUUGUACUACCGACGUUAGUUCACCUGCUCAUGAUCUCCUGUCGUCAUUCGGAAGUCGUGACUUUGUUAAGAGAAUUGGAAUUUGCAUCGCAAAACGAUCUAGAUAAGUCGGGUCGCACUUGGUAUUACGCAAUGUGCGCCGACGUGCAACUCGACACCGGAUUUACGAUUCUCUCCUUUCGAAAUUGCGAGCGAUAUUACCUUCAAGAAGGAGAAACUAUGAUCAGCCUGCGAGAUCCCGAAGCAGAGAGGCGAUAUUUCACCUCCAUGUGGUUGUGGUGCGUCAGGACGCAACAAUGGGAAGCGUCGAGGGUUUGGGACAGCAGGAAUGUGACAAUCGAGAGCGUGAUGGACGAACAUAUAGUGGCAGCGACGAUCACUGCGUUGAAGAAACUCGAAGGCCUUCUGAUUUUAUACGGUAUACGUUACUAAGGGCAUACUAUUGUAUGAUCCAAUCGCAAAAGGGAGCCGCGAUGAGAAUGCUACGACAGACGAAGAAGUUGUCCAAGAAAGUAGACAACAAAAUGAUCUACAUGUGGGCGAAUCAUUGCGAACGGGUAACUCUUCCUCUCACUCUAUUGCUUGGUCGGGCGCCAUAUCUUCCGUACAAGAAGACUUGUGGAAAGAUAAGACUAUGGUCAAGGCGAAUGAUGAAUGGGACGAAGUAAACGCCAACAAUUCAACGACCAUACCUUUUACACUUCCAUUGCCAAAAUAAAUG